UUUCUUCUUUUCAAAAUACCCAAUUUUUUACCUAUUUUUCCAUUGAUACAUAAAGUAUCAAGAUAUAAGGAACCAGCAUGGUUAAAAUAACAAUAAAUUUUAAAUAUAAGUCUUUAAUAAAGUGUAAAGAAGUAGCAAAAGAUAAUACAAGGAGUAAAAUUUACUCAAUCUUUCCAUUCUAGGGUUAACGAAGCAUUACUGUAGUUAUCAUGUGAUACUAGUAAUUCAAACAUAAGAAAAGUACAUUCUUACUAACUAAUGUAACCAAAUCGCCUUCAGAAAACACGGGUUUUUCGGGUUCUGGAGGAAGUUCUUCUUCGACUUCGGGUGAUUCUGAAAUAUAGUGAGGAUAUCGAGAAAAUUUUGUACAAUGUCUUCGAUACUGAAAGAAAAAGUGUUCGUCGGUUCAUUUGUUCAUACUAAUGAACACGCAGAAUUGAUUACCGUUGAUCGUGGGAUGAUAUCCGUUAAAAAUGGAAAGAUUAGCAGUAUAGUAAUAAAUCCGAAAACAAUUGACAUAAAGGAUGAAAAUGUGACUGUUCUCAAUAAUGGACAAUUUUUAGUGCCAGGAUUUGUUGACUGUCAUAUUCAUGCUGCUCAACUUCCUAAUUUAGGAAUUGGGUAUGACAAAACGCUUUUGGAAUGGUUAGAAACUUAUACCUUCCCUUUGGAAAAGAAAUAUGUAGAAGAAAAAUUUGCUGAACGAGUAUUUGAUGCUGUCGUAAAACAGACUGUUAUAAGUGGUACAACAACAGCAUGUUAUUUUGCAUCUCUUUAUGCAAAAGCAUCUGUAAUACUUGGACAUAAAGCUAUAGAGAUUGGCCAGAGAGCUCUUAUUGGAAAAAUAAGUAUGAAUGCCAAAUCUGACAAUGGGUAUUAUGAAACUACUGAAGAAUCUAUAAUAAAUGUAACUAAAUUCGUAGAAGACAUUGUUAAGUUAAAUAACCCUCUCAUAAAACCAAUUAUAACACCCAGAUUUGCCUUAAGUUGUGAUAUGACACUAAUGAAAGAAUUAGGAAAACUGGCAAAAAAGGAAGAUCUUCAUAUACAGAGUCAUAUAUCUGAAAACUUAGAUGAAAUAAAAGCUGUAAAAAGUAAAUUUCCUGAAUGGUCUUCAUAUGCAGCCAUAUAUGAUGCAGUUGGACUUCUUACAAAUAAAACAGUAAUGGCUCAUGGAGUUCAUCUCACAGACGAUGAAAUUGUACUAUUGGAAAAACGUAAUACAGCGGUUAUUCAUUGUCCUUCGUCAAAUACGUGUUUAAAAAGUGGUCUUUGUGAUGUUCAAAAGCUUAAAUCUAAAGGAAUAAAAAUUGGUCUUGGCACUGACGUUGCAGGAGGUCAAAACUGUAGUAUUUUAGAUGCAAUGAGAUCAGCUUUACAAGUAUCAAACCACCUGUCUUUUAUUAAAGACAAUUAUGAAGCACUGAACUACAAAGAUGUGUUUUAUAUGGCUACUUUAGGGGGUGCAAAAGCUCUAGCAAUGGAACAUGAGAUAGGAAAUUUUGUAGUAGGUAAAGAAUUUGAUGCACUUGUUGUAGAUACAAAUAUAAGCGUAGGACAUUUGGAUGAUUUAAGAAAUUAUACUUUAGAAGAAAAGCUUCAAAAAUUCAUAUAUUCUGGAGAUGAUCGUAAUAUACUUGAAGUGUACAUAAGUGGAUGUAAAGUUAAAUAAAGUAAUGUAUUCGUAAUA